AUGAAUCAGCCAACACGAAAACUGAAAUAUUACAGCGACAAAAAGAAGCAAAAUAAAUCAAUGCCCGUUGAUGUUGAUGAUGACUACAAAUCACAGUGGUUGUCACAAUGUCAACGACAAAGACCACCAUCGCAUGAAAUGCAAAGACAGGAUGAAACUAAAUUGUUCGUUGAUAUUUCUCCGGCACAGCUCUUAUACACUCAAAAGCACAAUUAUCACCCAAAUGAACGAUUCAAAUACGAAACAGAAAAAUCAAUAGACAAUCGUGGCGAAAGAAAUGAACGUUACUAUUCACAAAAUAAGUCACGAAAGAAUCAAACUGCAAUGUUUCCUAAACAGAAAACUUUGGAACAUUUAGCAAGUUUAAAACUUGUUUUUGACAAAAUCAUUGCCGAACAGUACUCAUCUCGGACAAGUCUUGAAGAAGCAUUACGUCUAUUUAACCAAUUUCGAACUAUUAUCUUAGCUAAAAAGCCAGAUGCUCAAGUUAUUCUUUAUGGUUCGGUAUCGUUUGCUUGUUGUUUAAAAGAUGAGGUUGUCAUCGAUACUGAUAUUCAAGUCAAUGAAAUUUUACCUUACAAUAUUCUUAGAGAAGUAAUCGAAAUCAUUCGCAAUUCCAAUUUGUAUCAGGACAUUCGCUUGAAUAUAGACCAUGAGCCGUGUUGUAUAGAUUUUCUCGUACGAGAAACAAAUUUUCGCAUGCGAGUAACAUCGAAUUACAAUCGAGGCAUCAAUUGUUCUGAAAUAGUUCGUCUCUAUAUGAAAUUUGAUAUACGUGUACUUUCACUAUUACGACUCUUUCGUUUUUUUGCCAAGAUAUGCACUCUGGAUAAUCCUGAUUUUGGUACACUCCAUCCAAUGGUUUUUCAUAUCAUGCUCAUUCAUUUUCUUCAACAAAUUCAAGAACCAAUUGUGCCUUGUCUUCAUGAAUAUAUUUAUGGAGUUGAUAAUGCACUGAUGAUAAUGAGCGAUGCUCACCAUAAUGACUUCCUUAGUAUUUGCAACGAUUACGCUAGUACGUGGAAAACUGACAAUAAGACGCCUGUUGAAAUGCUCUUUCUUCAACUGCUUUCUUACUAUAUAUCAAAAUUUGACAUUCAACAAUGUAUUGUUUCGAUACAAACACGAAUGCCAAUUCUAAAAGAUGAAAAACAAAAAUUCUGUCGAACUUUAUUUUGUGCAGAUCCGGUAUAUAUGAAUAGGAAUUUAGCUUACACAAUGAAAGCAAACUCUUCAUUUGCAUACUUUCGACAAACAUUUCGAAAGGCAUUGAAUUAUUUCUGUCAAAACAGCAAUAAAGAACAAACAAAUAAUAAUUCAAUAAUCACGGAAGUAUCUCAAUCGUGCAAAUCAUUUUUUACUGCUUUAGUAUCAAAAAGAACAAGAAAUGUAAAAUUUACACAACAUGACCUACGACAAUUAUAUGAGCAGACAUUCGACAACAGAUCAAACCUUUGGCCUGAACCAAAAGUUAAGCUACCUGAUAACAAUUUCUUGCCAGUAUUAGAUAAAUCAGUUGUGAGUGAAGACGAGUUUCAAGAAGAAUUUCAGAAUGAUGUUGACACAGAUUCUGACAGUAUCUACAACGAUGAUAACGAAAUUGAAAUUAAUCCUAGCGUAUCACCUGAUGUUGUUAUCAUCAAUGAGGAAACAAAAAUCGAUAGCGCAAACGAAUUAAAGUUAAAAGAUGAAGAUACAGACGAUAGUCAAUAUUUGGAGGAAGAUAUAAUCGAGCAUCCUAUAUCAUUCGAAAUACUUGUUGAGAAUCUCAAUGAGAAUCAAAAGCGUACAUUUAGACUAGAGUACCAUCGACAAGUUCAUGAGUUCAAUAGGAAAAUGCGAGAAAUUGUUAAUAACUUCAAAUUAUUACCGACAUCUGAGUCAUGUGCGUCGUCACAUUUUGACAAAGUUAUUGAUGAAUCUCAUUCUAAGACACCGACAGAAAACAUUCUUGCUUCUGCUCCUUCAACAAUACGACCAAUUCCACAAUCGAUUCAACUUGAUCAAAUUAUUGAUGGAAACAUAUUGGCAUCAUUGGAAAGUAUCUCACUCAAUAAUUCCCGGCAAAUGGCGCACGAAUUUCUAGCAGAACAUUUUGGGGCAGACAAAGGUCCACCACUUGUCUGUACAGUGUGCUAUAAAAGUAAUCAUAUUAAGUCUGAAUGCCUCAAAUCAUCGUUACCGAACAUGAUGGGUUUGCAUGAAAUUGAUAGGAAAUGGUUUGAUUUACUCUCAAAUGUUUGUCAAAAAAUUACAGAAGAAUGCAAGCCAACCAAUGAGGAUAUUAGAAAACGUGAAGCAAUUUUAAAAUAUCUUGAAGUAGAAUUUCGAAAAAAAUAUCCUAAUUGUCAUGUGAGUGCAUAUGGUUCAUUCUAUAAUGGAUUCGGUUUUCGUCAGAGUGAUCUUGAUAUUUGUGUUCUGUUAGAUUUGAACAAAAAAGAAACUGCCAUUCAAGUUUUGGAUAAUUUAGCUCAAUCAAUGAAAUUACAGAAGAAUAUGUUGACAAAUGUUAUACUAGUACGGAAUGCUAGAGUACCAAUCAUUCGAUCAAUGUAUCUUCAGUCUAAUAUCGAACUCGACGUUAGCCUUAAUAACAUUCUGCCUAUUGAAAACACUCGUCUAAUAAAAAUGUACUCCGACAUUGACCCACGAGUGGGUGAACUUGGUUUCGUAAUGAAAACUUUAGCAAAAACAUGUAAUAUCGGCGAUGCAAGUCAAGGAACAUUGUCAAGCUACGCAUAUACGAUCAUGGUGAUACACUUUCUUCAACAAAUUCAACCGCCUGUUAUACCCAUUCUGCAACAAUUAAUCGAUCGUCAAUCACCCAAUGUUUGCACUACUCGAAAAUGUACUGAUUGUAAUGUUUACUUUUACGCUGAUUUAAAGAAACUCAAUCAAGUAUGGAAUGGUUACGGAUUGAAUAAAUUAUCAUCAGGAACAUUAUGGAUUGAGUUUUUACGUUAUUAUACUGAACAAUUUGAUUAUAAAAACAAUGUUGUUACUAUUCGGCAAUAUGAACCAUUGCCACGCUUAGAAAAAGGAUGGUUUCGUCAAACAAUAGCAAUUGAAGAUCCAUUUCUCUUGACGCAUAAUUUAGCGGAUAAAUUAUCUCUGAAGAAAUGGGCAAUGAUUCGUCGUGUAUUGCUUAAUGCUGGACAACUAUUCUGCUUACAACCAACUAGCAUAGAUAUAGAUAUUCAUAAAUCAAACAUACAGCGAUUACAAGCAUACCUAUUUAACAAGAACGUUCUAUGUCGACAAAUUUCUACUCGACAAACUCAGAGCAAUAUAUCUCAUGGUGAUAUUAGAAAAGAAAAUCGAAAACGACAGUCAAAAAAUAAAAAUCAACAGAAAAAAGCAGAAGAAAGAAAAUCUUCAAUGAUGACGGAUGCUUCUAUCGAUUUGAUUGGUAGAACAUUUGUUAAAACAAAAGAAAAACAACCAAAGCAGUUGACUGGUAGACAUGACAGUCGUGUAUUCUUCAAUAAGAGCAAUCCAAGUGAUGAACAAACGUUUCAUUAA